AUGGAACUGAAAAACCAAACAGCAGUUUCAGGAUUCCAUCUACUUGGAUUAACUGACAAUCACAAACUUCUACCCUUCAUCUUCGCCAUGUUCCUUUCCAUGUAUUUGAUCACAAUUUUGGGAAACCUACUUAUCAUCAUGACUAUCAGCUCUGUGUCACAACUGCAUACUCCCAUGUAUCUAUUUCUCUCUAUUCUUUCUAUUAAUGACAUCUGUUUGAGUACAGUCACAAUUCCAAAAAUGUUGGUGAACAACCAAGCACAGGACAAAAGGAUAAGUUAUAUAGAAUGUCUAACUCAAAUCUGCUUUGCUUCAAUUUUUGGGGACAUGGAAAAUUUUCUCCUGGCAGUGAUGGCCUAUGAUUGCUAUGUAGCCAUUUGCAAACCCCUGAGGUACACAAUCAUCAUGAACCCUAUUUUCUGUGUCGUGAUGGUUCUACUCUCCCUACUCUUUAGCAUCACAGAUGCCCUACUCCACACUCUAAUGAUUUUGAGGCUUUCCUUCUGCACAGAAUUAGAAAUCCCACACUUUGUCUGUGAGAUGGCUCAGAUUAUCAAGCUUGCCUGUUCUGAUACAUUUCUUAAUAAUUUAUUGAUAUUUCUUGCAGUUAUUGUCUUUGGGGGUGGCCCUGUCUGUGGAAUUGCAUUUUCAUACAUCUACAUUGUGUCAUCUGUCUUGAGAAUGCCAUCUUCUGAAGGAAAGCACAGAGCUUUUUCUACUUGUGCAUCACAUCUGUCUGUUGUUUCUUUGUUCUAUGAGACAGGUUUUGGGGUUUACAUCAGUUCUGCUGUGACAGACUCUCUUAGAAAUUCAGCAAUAGCUUCCGUAAUGUACACUGUGGUUCCCCCAUUGCUCAACCCCUUUAUCUAUAGUCUAAGAAAUAGAGAAAUAAAAGAAGCUUUGAGAAAACUUUUUGUUAAACUAACUUAUCUUGUGUGA